AUGGACAGCAUCAGAAGUCCAUUCAAGGGAAUAAUCCACGAUGUCAAAGGAAGAGCAGCGUGCUACAAGGAAGACUGGAUUGGAGGACUUUGCUCUGGUGUUAGGAUAUUAGCUCCAACUUUCUACAUUUUCUUUGCUUCUGCACUUCCCGUUAUCACCUUUGGGGAGCAAUUGAGUAGGGAUACAGAUGGAACCUUAAGCACUGUGGAAACUUUGGCUUCUACUGCUCUAUGUGGUAUCAUUCAAUCAUUAUUUGGUGGGCAGCCUUUGCUGGUCUUAGGAGUUGCUGAACCCACUGUCAUAAUGUAUAAUUAUUUGUACACUUUCAGUAAGGGAAGACCAGAGUUGGGGACCAAACUGUUUCUAGCUUGGACUGGCUGGGUUUGUGUCUGGACAUCCCUGUUGCUCAUUCUUCUGGCAAUUUUCAAUGCAUGUAACAUCAUAUCCAGAUUUACUAGGAUUGCAGGGGAACUUUUCGGCAUGUUGAUCUCUGUUCUUUUUAUUCAAGAGGCCAUCAAGGGAGUAAUUUCUGAAUUCAGUAUUCCAAAAGCUGAAAAUCCAAAGCUGGAGGAGUUUCAAUUCCAAUGGCUCUACACCAAUGGGUUGCUUGCUGUCAUUUUCUGCUUCGGUGUCAUUUCCACUUCCCUUAAGAGCAGAAAAGCAAGAUCAUGGUGGUAUGGCACAGGGUGGCUCCGAAGUCUUAUUGCAGAUUAUGGGGUUCCCCUAAUGGUCUUGGUGUGGACAGCACUGUCUUAUGUUGUACCUGGUAAAGUUCCACAUGGAGUUCCUAGGAGGCUUGUUUGUCCAUUUCCCUGGGACUCUGCAUCACUCUACCAUUGGACCGUCACCAAGGAUAUGCCAAAAGUCCCAGUCUUGUACAUCUUUGCUGCCUUCAUACCAGCUGUGAUGAUAGCAGGCCUGUACUUCUUUGACCACAGUGUAGCUUCUCAGCUGGCACAACAGAAGGAGUUUAAUCUUCAAAAACCACCUGCUUACCACUACGAUAUGCUACUGCUGGGAAUAAUGACAUUGAUUUGUGGGUUGCUUGGGCUUCCUCCUUCAAAUGGUGUUCUUCCACAGUCCCCCAUGCACACUAAGAGCCUUGCUGUUCUAAGGAAGCAGGUGAUUCGAAAGAAGAUGGUAAAGAGUGCCAAGGAAUGCAUUAAACUAAAGGCAACCAACUCUGAGAUGUUUGGAAGGAUGGAAGCUGUGUUCAUAGAAAUGGACGGUGGCUCUCCUCCAAAUCCUAAGGAGUUGCAGAACUUAAGGGAGGCUGUAAUGAAAUCUGAUGAUGGGGGAGAGUUGAAGGGAAAAUUUGAUCCAGAGAAACACAUUGAUGCUCAUUUGCCUGUUCGGGUUAAUGAGCAAAGAGUGAGUAACCUGUUGCAGUCACUCCUUGUGGGCGGCUCAGUAUUUGCGAUCUUUGUAAUAAAAAAGAUACCUACCUCAGUUCUUUGGGGAUACUUUGCCUACAUGGCGAUCGAUAGUCUGCACGGGAAUCAGUUCUGGGAGAGGAUCUUGCUGCUCUUCAUCAGCCCUAGCCGGCGUUACAAAGUCUUGGAGGGUUCUCAUGCUUCAUUUGUGGAGUUAGUACCAUUCAAGUACAUUGUUGCAUUUACGCUCUUCCAACUCGUAUACUUUCUGAUAUGCUUUGGGGUGACAUGGAUACCUAUAGCUGGAAUAUUGUUCCCACUGCCAUUCUUCGUUCUCAUAAGCAUAAGGGAACAAGUGCUACCCAAGUUCUUUCAUCCUGCCCAUCUACAAGAACUGGAUUCUUGUGAGUGGGAGGAAGUUCCCGGUGCUCCACAAGAAAAAGUACCACCUGAACCCGGUAACGACGAGGGCACAGACUAUGAUGGUGAGAUAUUAGAUGAGAUGACAACAAGCAGAGGUGAACUAAAGCUUAGAACCAGCUUCAGUAGUGAAGACAGGCUCUCUCAUGUGCACCCGGAAGAUGGCCGAAUAUGA